AUGUCUAGUUUCAGACCAUUCAGUGUCACGUUAGUGAUCUCGACAAUGGGGACCUGGUGUUUGCAACUAUUCCAGGGAGUAACAGAAAUUUUUAACUUUCCACGUGGUCCACCUCACUUCUGCCCUGAUACUUUUGGCAUCAGGUUAUUGCUUCUGGUUUUCUUCAUGGCUUUUGUCUGUGGAGUGUUGCUCUUUUGUCUCCAUCACUGGCUGAACAGUCACCAGACUGAUCCCUCAAGAAGCGCCAUGGCUGUUUUUGCUGUUGGAGAUUUGGGCACCAACUGUGGUACAGAAGCAGCUGUGAAUCCCACUGUUGGAUUUCACUUUCAAACUCAAAACCCAGAACAUCAUCCUGUUUCACAUUUUGGCACAUUAAGCCCUUCACCUUCAUAG